AUGCCACCUGCGCCGCCCCCAGACCCAGUCCCACAGUAUGCUCGCGCAAGCCACGUCUUACGACCACACCAUAUCCUGUUACUCUACAUAUUUGCUUUAGCGUUUCAGCCUCUCGACGAAAACCCUCUACCAGGGCCUUUCACCCUUGCACUUCACCGAAUCAUGAUCCGCGAUGUGGCUGAGAUCACUCCACCUAGGUCAUUUUUACAGAUACUCAACGAUAUCAAGCAAGCCGCUCCUCCGGGAGCAGAUGGCCCUGUUAAGGCUAUACUGCUGAGGUUAGAAGAGGUGAGUCGUCGUUCCUUAUUUGGUUACUUCUGCCACCGGUGCUUCGUGACCUUUAUCAAACUUUCUAUAGUCGGCAUCGAGAGGCUAUUCAAUGACUUUCAUGCGUGGCUCAGGUCCGACGCCGACCCGCGCUUUGUUACGCCACCCGGCUACGCACAAAUCCGUCGCGAUGUCAUCACGAACGAUUAUCAGCUGUUCAAAUCGAAACAGGAUAAGACGGAAUAUGCCGAGGCCGAGACCUACGCUCUAUUCAUGAAAGGCUUGGUUACCAACGACAGUAAUGUCGCAAAUGAUGGUCUCCGGCGGUUUUUCGAGCAGAAAUUUCACGAAGGCAGUGAAUCGGGACUACGCCAGCAUGCCAUGCUUAAUUUGGCGCGGAUGUACUUCCUGAGGCGGGAACUAGCAGCGUGUCGGAAAACAUUGGAAGAGGCUAUCACGGCAUCUCGGACGGCAGGCGACAACAAGACCUUGCAACAUUGUUCAAGUCUUCUUCAUCGACUGCCGCCACUCGAGCGCGGCCGAUGGCCGAUCAUCAAUGAGGUCCAGCCCGACAUGCACCCUCUAGAGAUUCUGGCAGACGUGAAGAAGCUCAUGAACGUUCAGUAUCAACAACCCCUCGCCGCGGCGUAUGAACGGAUAGUGCAGGCUAUCGGGCUCUACGAUCAUUACAUUGACGUCCAGGGCGGACAGUACGUCGAAUCGGAACAGCUCGCACAGCAUGCUGUGCAGAGCGUCCUUUGGACCAAUUUCGGUUGUACGAGAUUGGCGAGAAUAGAGGAAGACAUCGUCACGGCCUUUUCGGAAGUGGGCGGAGAUGACAACACGCGUCUGACAGUUGCGCUCAAUCGUGCAUAUCAUGUCGCUCGGCAGGGAAAGUACCAGCAGGCGAUAGCAUCCCUGCUGGAACCCGACGUCUGGCGAGGCCUGAGUCUCGCUGACUACAACUUGUGGGCAUUCGAAAUCUGGAGCAUCCUCGCUAUGCGCGCAUGCCGCCGCAGACAACAGCGUCAAUUGAAAGACUACCUGAUCCCAAGGCGACCAAAUGCGCCGCAUAUACCCAGGGAGUACCAGUGGGCGAACGAUCAGUUUGGUUCCAUAAUACGGGACCCGCUGUACGAGGCUAUGCUCAUGCGGAUGUGCGAACAGAGUCACGCGUCUGUCGACCAGCUCCUCACAGCGCUAUGGCACGCAGAGUACCACGGACGAUACAACCUAUACCGCACGGCAAUUAUCUUGCUCGCGGAUGUCGGGCUCGAGUUUGGGAUGACCAAGUGGUGCAGACGCCUCAUGGACGAAGUGAUGCCUCAGAUCAUGAGCGAGAAUGAUCUAGAGCAGAAGGCGUUUGCGGAGUUCACCCUGGCGCGCUGUAUCAUCGCCGCUGGCGACUCGUCUCAAUCCGCGCUAGAACAGGCAGUGCCGUACCUUGAAGACGCCGCGGAGUGCUACGCAACGCUGGAGAUGUACCCCGCGCAGUGCGACGUGCUCUUCCUCCUCGCCGUCGUGCUCCACAACGCUGGGGACGCGCACCGGGCGCGCCGAGACGAGGUCGCGCAGGCACAUGCGGAGGCAAUGGAGGUGAGGGAGAGGGUGCACAUCGAGGUCGUGGAGAGGUGGAUCGAGCAGACGUGGGCGGUUGUGGAGGAUAUCGGGGCUGCGCUUGCAUCGCGUUGA